CCCAACCACCAUGGCCUCCAAAUCAUUCCUCUCCCUCCUUGUCGCCCUCUUCGUGGCCAUAUGCUUCGUCCUCUCCCCGGGCGUUGACGCCGCCAAGGGCCCUGUCAUCACCAACAAGGUCUACUUUGACAUUGAACAUGGUGGUAAGCCCCUCGGUCGAAUCGUCAUGGGUCUUUACGGCAAGACUGUGCCCAAGACUGCCGAGAACUUCCGUGCGCUUGCUACUGGUAAGAACUCUGAUGGGGAGGACCUUGGUUACGGCUAUGAGGGCUCUUCUUUCCACCGAAUUAUCAAGAACUUUAUGAUCCAGGGUGGUGACUUUACCAAGGGCGAUGGUACUGGCGGCAAGUCCAUUUACGGUAGCAAGUUCCCUGACGAGAACUUCAAGUUGAAGCACACCGGUCCCGGUGUUCUCUCCAUGGCCAACGCUGGCCGUGACACCAACGGAAGCCAGUUCUUCAUUUGCACUGUCAAGACAGCUUGGCUCGAUAACCGACACGUUGUCUUUGGUCAUGUUCUUGAGGGUAUGGACGUUGUUUAUGCUAUGGAAAACGUCAAGACCUCUCGAGGUGACAAGCCCGUUGAACCUAUUACCAUUGCCGCUUCUGGAGAGCUUCCUAUUGAGCAUGAGGUGGACGAGCAAGGCAACCAGGUACCUUUCCGCAUCGAGCUUUAAACAGCUUUUUUCAUCCAUUCCGAAAAGAAACAGAUUCUGAAGCUAUGCAUUUUCUCUUUCCCCCAUUUAUCCUCCUUCCCCCGUCCUUUAUUCUUCUGUUUCUCUUUGUUUUCUUAACAGGUCGACCCGGAUCAACCGGAAGGCACGGAUAUCAUCGACAAACCCGAGGAGACGUCGACAAAGGAAGAUGAAGUCCAGGAUGGCGUCGUCCCCGCGGAGGACUUGGACCUUCCUUCCUCUUCAGAGGCGGAAAUGGACAACGACAAUGGAGAUGAUGAAGAGGCCUACGCGACCAUCUCAUCGCCGGGCAAGUACUUUAUCUUCUUUGCGGCGUUUGUCAUCCUUCCUGUCGGUGCGGGGGUGUACUUUUACGGCGGAGGAAAGGAGAGGAUGAAAAAAUGGAAGUGGAACGGGUUGGGGCAGAGAAAGGGGAAAAAGUAUCAAAAGGUGGAGGAUGAGGAAAAGCUGUGACUGGUCCGCAGGAGUGCUUGCAGUUAAUAAGGUUAGAUGCGCGUUUUCCAUGUAUCUUGUUGCGUCGUGCGUUGUUGGUGUCUUUUC